CCUCUCGCCAUGUACUCACUCUGGAUCUUGGCGGCAGCCGUCAUCAUCUGGCGACUUCAUACCGUCUUUAGCCACCUCUCCAAGGUUCCCAAGCAAGUCCCUUGGGCAUACAGGUCCAAGUUCACACCGUAUCUUUUCUCCCAGCUUAAUGGCAUCCUUAAUACCCCGCCGGCUAUCAACAGGGGUUAUCAAAAGUACAGCAAGAACGGAACCCUUUGUGCCAUCACUUUGCCUUUCAGUCGACCCGAGAUCCUUAUUCCUCGCAACCUCAUCCGAUGGGCAACUUCCCAGCCCGACAAGAUCCUAAGUCCGACCCCCAUUCAACAUGAAAUCGUUGCCGCCAAGUAUGCCUUUCUCAACUCGUCUGUUGGGAAGGAUUUUGCCGUCUACGACGUUCUACGCGUUCAGAUGAACAGAUACUUGCCCAAGUUGAUCCCGCAGAUUAUGGGAGAACUGGCCUCUCAGAUCGAUGAAACGUUCGGACUAGAUACGGAGUGGAGGGAGGUCCAGGUGUUUCUCCUUGUGAGAGAGGUGAUUUCAAGGGUUACUACUCGUCUCGUCAUGGGUAAUACACUAUGCAACGACAAGGAGUUGGUUGAUAAUCUGUCAAACUUCUCUAGCAGCGUCUUGCCUAGUGCCAUAGCAAUCUCCCUCUUCCCUCCCUUUAUGCACCCCUUCAUCUCCCGACUGACCUCAAUCUUCAACCACAUCUACAUGCGUAGAGCACUCAAGACUCUGGGGCCAUAUGUGAAGCAGCGAAUCGAGGCAGUCAGGAAUGACGUAGCCCAAGAGCCUGAGGAAGGCCUAGAGGAUCGGAUCGCCUGUCGUGCCUUUGCGACUGUGUUUGCUGCCCUGGAGUCGACUACCCUCACCAUGACACAUGCACUCUUCAACCUCUGCGCAACUGACGACCCGGAGCAGACCUGGGAGGCCCUAGCAGAAGAAGGGCGUCAAGCUUUCGCGGGAGAAGUCAAUCAAGCCAGUGUCAACAGCCUCAACCGUGCAGACAGCGCUGUCAAAGAGACUCUUCGACUCCACACGGCCAUUAAGGCUCUUUCAGUACAGGUCAUGGCCUCAGGUGGAGUUUCACUUGAUGAGCAUAAUCUUAAGCUCCCCCAAGGUUCUCGAGUCAGCGUCUCGGCGUGGGGAAUACACCACGACGAAGACAUUUACCCCAAUGCUUAUACUUUUGACGCGUUUCGCUUCUCACGUCCACAUGAGAAUGGCAUGAUCGCCGAGGACAAGAAAGAGGCACAUCUAUUGGUCUCACCGAGCGAAGACUAUCUUCCCUUUGGAUUUGGCAGACAUGCUUGUCCAGGUCGAUAUUUUGCUGCGGUUGAGACAAAGUUGUUUCUGGCAUACAUGGCUGUUCAUUACGACUUGAAGCAGGUGCAUCAAAGGCCAGGAUUUGUCAGCCUUGGACAUCUUCCCACACCACCGAUCAAAGGCAAGUUAAUGAUUCGAAGGAAAAGGGAUAUAUGUGAGCCUUACAAAGGAGACCUGCCCAUGGCAUGAUGAGUGCAGUAGAUUAUUUUCUUCGAUCGCUCACAAGUGGGUUGACAAUUGACCUUUGCUCUCCU